AUGGAUAGCAGUUCCCUCCCGCACAUGGACCACCACGCGAACAUUCAGUAUGAACAGUUAGAGAAACUGAAGAAGACGAAGGUGUUGCUGAAUGAGAAGCUCAUUAGGCACGACUGGUCGCAGACCACCGACCGCCUUUUCUUAACUCUCUACAAGAAGGGCCUCCAUGAAAGCGAUUGCCUUUACUACGUUGACGAUGGCCAUCUCUCACUUAUUAUUAAAAUGGAUGGGGACGAGAUAUACCUCCUCGAAAAACGCCUCUUCUCAAAAAUAAUUCCCAGGCGGACCAGCGUUUCCGUAACACCAAUGAAAGUCGAAGUCACCCUUGAGAAGCUCCAACCAGGUGUUGAAUGGCCCCAACUCGAAAAACUCGAGGAAAGCGAAAAGGACAAAGCGAACGGACUAGCCCAAAACAAAGAAAACCUCCUCAACCCCUUCAGUGGAAAGAGCACCCACGAAUGGGACAAGCUAACAAAGUCAAUAAAGGAAGACGAAGACGAGGGAAACAUCGAUACCUUCUUCAGGAAAAUAUACAACGAAGGAGAUGAUGAUACGAAGAGAGCCAUGAUCAAGUCAUUUCAAACCUCCCGAGGGACGGUCCUCUCCACAAAUUGGAAGGAUGUCCAACACAAGAACUACGAACAGGACAAACCGGUACCUGACGACAAGGAAAUUGUUUGA